CUCAUAGCGGGGCUGGAGUCAGGAACGACUGAGACGUUUCGAGGACAGUUUGACUCUGCAUUUUAUAGCCAGUGGCAGAUCGUUCUUCUGAUGGUUUCUCUAAGGUUUAAUUGACCGGAUUAGGAGUGCUGGUAUUUAUUUCGAAACCUGGUUGUUUUUUCCACCUCUAGUAUUCUAUCUAUCCAUGCACUCAGAGUGAAACAACGACGAAAUGACGGAGUUGAGGAAGCGUGGAGGAGGCGGGGACCCUGACAGCACUGACAAUAUCAGUGACAAGGAGGCGGAUGGGGAGGACAGGUUGGGAUUGUGUGGAGAAGAAGAUGGUGAUUUAGAGGGAGACUGUAAGGCAUACACUCCAGACGUGCCCCCGUCCACAGACAACACUCCACAAUGUCUCAACAAAGCCCUGGAAGGCCUUUCAUCCAGAUGGAGGAACUGGUGGGUACGGGGUAUACUCUCCAUGACGAUGAUCUCUGGAUUUUUCCUCAUCAUUUACCUGGGACCUAUUAUGCUAAUCGUCGUGGUCAUGAGCGUUCAGAUCAAAUGUUUUCAGGAGAUCAUUACUAUUGGUUACAGAGUGUACCACUCCUACGAGCUCCCUUGGUUCAGAACACUGAGCUGGUACUUUUUGAUCUGUGUGAAUUAUUUUUUCUACGGGGAGACGGUGGCCGAUUAUUUCGGCGCGCUGGUUCAGAGAGAGGAACCACUACAGUUCCUGGUCCGAUACCACCGCUUCAUCUCCUUCACUCUCUAUGUUAUAGGUUUCUGCAUGUUUGUACUGAGUUUAGUGAAGAAACAUUAUCGCCUUCAGUUUUACAUGUUUGCUUGGACUCAUGUGACCCUGCUGAUCGUGGUAACUCAGUCUCACCUGGUCAUUCAGAACCUGUUUGAAGGAAUGAUCUGGUUCAUCGUCCCCAUAUCCAUCGUCAUCUGUAAUGACAUCAUGGCCUACCUGUUCGGUUUCUUCUUUGGAAGAACACCUCUGAUCAAGCUCUCCCCGAAGAAGACCUGGGAAGGCUUCAUCGGGGGAUUUUUCUCCACGGUCGUCUUCGGGUUCAUUUUCGCGUACCUGCUGUCCCAGUACCAGUACUUUGUGUGUCCGGUGGAGUACAACAGUGAGACGAACAGAUUCGCCGUGGAGUGUGAGCCGUCCUCUUUGUUCGUCAUGCAAGAGUACCGUCUCCCCGCCAUGGUCCAGAACGUCAUCAGAUGGGAGACGGUGAAGCUGUACCCGUUUCAGAUCCACAGCAUAGCUCUCUCAACGUUCGCUUCUCUGAUUGGUCCGUUCGGUGGGUUCUUCGCCAGCGGGUUCAAGAGAGCGUUCAAAAUCAAGGACUUUGCCGACACCAUUCCGGGUCACGGCGGGAUCAUGGACAGGUUCGACUGUCAGUACCUGAUGGCCACGUUUGUGCAUGUUUACAUCGCUAGCUUUAUCAGGGGUCCAAACCCCAGCAAAGUGUUACAGCAGCUGCUAGUUCUACAGCCUGAGCAACAGCUUAGCAUCUUCAACACGCUGCGUGCCCACCUCCGAGAGAAGGGCAUGCUGCCCCCUGCUGUCCCGGAGGCCCAAUGACGGAACGCAUUCUUCACGCUGCAGAAACGGCCUGGCUCUGUCCUUUCUCUCUCUGUUAACCAUUCACCCCCACCCCUGACUGUGAACACACCCCUAAAACCUGUCAAACCUUGAUAGCUACUCCCCUCAACAACCCCCCCACCCCCCAAUCCUGUUCCAAACCCACAGGCUGACCUCUGACCUUAACACUUUUACCUUUUACAGAGCCAUGCAUGACUACUCACUGUACUAACAAAACGGUCACUAGGAGGAGCCAAAGGUCUUCCACACAGCCGUGGGGGCACACUCAUGUCUUCCACAAACAAACAAACGAUCGAGCAAGCAAAUGAACAGAGAACCGCAUGAGCACAUGCUAUAUGAAUGUAUAGGACUGUAAAUACAGUAAGAGGCGCCCUCCUCUGGCGUGUUGGAGCAUUGCACUGAUUAGGGAGCUGAUUCUAGUGUCAUUCAUUGACGUGAGAUUAGAGGGGUACCUUACUGUUUGUCUGUGGUAACUGUAACCUGGGAUUAUAGGCUUUGAGAUGAGAGGGGUGGAGAGAAUUGAAACUGUAAUCUUUACAAUACAGUGCGUGAAAACAAAACAAACAAACAAAAAAAUUACAAAGCAUGUUUCUCAAGUCCUGUGAUUGAAAUUAACCAUUUUUUGUUGUUGUUGUUGUUGUUGUUGUUUUUUUUUGUUUUUUCCUCUCUUCAACUUUAUUAUCAAAUGUGUGAGAUGUGUAGACUAGCAGUAGCAUUGGACUGCAUUACUGUAUGAAAUUCAGACACUGUUAGCACAACCAUUGAGUACAGUACACAGACAAACACACACACACACAUGCAGUCCGUCUGUACGUAUCUUAAAGCGUGUACCGCUGUACAUAGGUAGAAUA